AUUAAAUUGCCGCAUACAACGGACGCGCUUACUUUAGAUUUUGUUUUAUUCUGUAUUUUUAUUUUAUUUUUUUUUCCUUAUUGCGUAUCCCCUCUCUCUUUGUCUAUCUUUUUAUUAAUAUAAUGUCUUCAUCUACAACAACUGUUGAUCGUGAAAAGGAAUGUCCUUUUCUGUUAAGAAUUUUUUUCCGUAAUGGAGGACAUAAUCCACUUAGUCAAUAUACUAUUGAAUCAGUACCUUCUGAUGAAUUAAGCCUUUAUACUUGGAAAAAUGCUACAUUAGAAGAAAUUGCACAAUUAAUUGAACAAGUAGUUCCUGAAGCAAGAGAUCCUGAUGCACGUAUCGCUUUUCGAUUAAUUUAUUUAGAUAGUGAACGUGCACGAUAUAACAGUAGAGAACUUGGACGUGUUGUACCUGCCAAUCCUACUGAAGAUCAAAAAAAGACUUUGGAAGCUUGUAAUUUUUUCAUUGGCGAUUAUUUGGAUGUUGCGAUAUUUAUUGGUCCUCCAGCUAAUAUUAGAAAUAAACUUGUUGGAAGAGAUGCAGGAAGAGCCCGUACAGGAGAUAGAUUUGGUGGACGUUUAGGAAAUGAUAGAUUUAGCAGUGGAAGAAACUUUGGUGGUUCAGCUUACAACAGAGAUAAUAAUAGUCGAUAUGGCGGAAGAUUAGGAGGAAGAAGAGAUCGAUAUUAAAUAAAAAAAAAAAAAUAAAAAAAACAUAUGUGAUUAGAAAGGAAUCAUAUACAUAAGCUAAGCAUCAUAUGUAAAAAUGUAAAUAAAAAUGGAGAGAAGGAUUCAUUUGCGUACAUAUUUAGUUUAUAAAUGAACAGUAUUUAAACACUCUUCUUAUUUAUCUAUUGACCAUUUCAAACUGUAUGAAUAUGCUACUAUAAAAGAUACCUCCCAAGGCCUGUAUAUAUACAGAUGGGUUUUCAAAUAUGUUUAUUGAUAUACAUGGUGACUCUAGUUUACCUCUUCUUAAUAACGAACGAAGAAAAAGACUAGUGAACAGAAAGAGCUUUAAAUAUAUGUAUAUAUAUAUUAU